AUGAAGAUCCAAUGUUUACUCCUUGUCGUUUUGACAAUUGCCAAUCUUCAGUCUUCUUCGGCUGAUGUCCGGGGUGAAACUUGCACUGAUGACAACGGUUGCCCCAAAGGCCACCGCUGUGGCACGGAGUCUUGUAUUGAAAAUGCCAGGGUUUUGAGAGGCAUGGAACCAAUGGAUGUUGUGCAAGGCGAGGCAGCUGGUAGUGCCGAUGGCGACCACCAGCCUCGGCUCAAUCAGCGAUCUUUGACUGGGGGUUAUAAGGGUUGUCUGGGCGAGAGGGCUUUGAGGGGAACGCAUCGGUCCUUGCAAGUGCAAGAUGGUGUGGCAGCAGCUGAAGAUGAAGGUACACAAGCCGACCACGAGUUUCAUAUGAAGAAUGCUGAGCGAAUGUCGUGA